AUGGACAAGGUUACCAAUGUGCGUAACAUGUCCGUCAUUGCUCACGUCGAUCACGGUAAGUCUACUUUGACCGACUCCUUGGUCCAAAGAGCCGGUAUCAUUUCCGCUGCCAAGGCCGGUGAAGCCAGAUUCACCGAUACCAGAAAGGAUGAACAAGAAAGAGGUAUUACCAUCAAGUCUACCGCUAUCUCCUUGUACGCCUCCAUGGGUGACGACGAUGUCAAGGAAAUCCAACAAAAGACCGUUGGUAACUCUUUCUUGAUUAACUUGAUCGACUCCCCAGGUCACGUUGAUUUCUCCUCUGAAGUCACCGCUGCUUUGCGUGUUACCGAUGGUGCUUUGGUCGUUGUUGACUGUGUUGAAGGUGUCUGUGUCCAAACCGAAACCGUCUUGAGACAAUCCUUGGGUGAAAGAAUCAAGCCAGUUGUUAUUAUCAACAAGGUCGACAGAGCUUUGUUGGAAUUGCAAGUCACCAAGGAAGAUUUGUACCAAUCUUUCUCCAGAACUGUUGAAUCCGUCAACGUCAUCAUCUCCACCUACCAAGAUGCUGCCAUUGGUGAGGCUCAAGUCUACCCAGAAAAGGGUACCGUUGCUUUCGGUUCCGGUUUGCACGGUUGGGCUUUCACUGUUAGACAAUUCGCCACCAGAUACUCCAAGAAGUUCGGUGUCGACAGACUCAAGAUGAUGGAAAGAUUGUGGGGUGACUCUUACUUCAACCCAAAGACCAAGAAGUGGACUAACAAGGAAAAGGACGCUGAUGGUAAGCAAUUGGAAAGAGCUUUCAACAUGUUCGUCUUGGACCCAAUCUUCAGAUUGUUCUCUUCUAUCAUGAACUUCAAGAAGGAAGAAAUCCCAACCUUGUUGGAAAAGUUGGAAAUCAACUUGAAGGCUGAAGAAAAGGAAUUGGAAGGAAAGGCUUUGUUGAAGGUCGUUAUGAGAAAGUUCUUGCCAGCUGCCGAUGCUUUGUUGGAAAUGAUUGUCAUCCACUUGCCAUCCCCAGUUACUGCCCAAGCUUACAGAGCUGAAACUUUGUACGAAGGUCCAUCUGACGAUGCUUCUUGUGUCGCCAUCAAGAACUGUGACCCUAAGGCUGACUUGAUGUUGUACGUCUCCAAGAUGGUCCCAACCUCUGAUAAGGGUAGAUUCUACGCUUUCGGUCGUGUUUUCGCCGGUACCGUUAAGUCUGGUCAAAAGGUCAGAAUUCAAGGUCCAAACUACCAAGUCGGUAAGAAGGAAGACUUGUUCGUCAAGACCGUCCAAAGAACCGUUUUGAUGAUGGGAAGAUUCGUCGAAGCCAUUGAUGACUGUCCAGCUGGUAACAUUGUUGGUUUGGUCGGUGUCGAUCAAUUCUUGUUGAAGUCCGGUACCAUUACCACCAACGAAGCCUCCCACAACAUGAAGGUCAUGAAGUUCUCUGUCUCCCCAGUUGUGCAAGUCGCUGUUGAAGUUAAGAACGCCAACGAUUUGCCAAAGUUGGUUGAAGGUUUGAAGAGAUUGUCCAAGUCUGACCCAUGUGUUUUGACUUCUAUGUCCGAAUCUGGUGAACACAUUGUUGCUGCCACCGGUGAAUUGCACUUGGAAAUUUGUUUGUCCGAUUUACAAAACGACCACGCUGGUGUUCCAUUGAGAAUCUCCCCACCAGUUGUCUCUUACAGAGAAACCGUUGAAGGUGAAUCCUCCAUGGUCGCUUUGUCCAAGUCUCCAAACAAGCAUAACAGAAUCUACGUUAAGGCUCAACCUCUUUCCGAAGAAGUUUCCCUUGACAUUGAAGCUGGUGUUAUUAACCCAAGAGAUGAUUUCAAGGCCAGAGCUAGAAUCUUGGCUGACAAGCACGAAUGGGAUGUCACUGAUGCCAGAAAGAUCUGGUGUUUCGGUCCAGAUGGUAACGGUCCUAACUUGGUUGUUGACCAAACCAAGGCCGUCCAAUACUUGAACGAAAUCAAGGAUUCCGUUGUUGCUGCUUUCCAAUGGGCUACCAAGGAAGGUCCUAUCUUCGGUGAAAACCUUAGAUCCGUCAGAGUUAACAUCUUGGAUGUUACCUUGCACGCUGAUGCUAUCCACAGAGGUGGUGGUCAAAUCAUCCCAACCAUGAGAAGAGCUACUUACGCUUCCAUGUUGUUGGCUGAACCAGCUAUCCAAGAACCAAUCUUCUUGGUUGAAAUCCAAUGUCCAGAAAACGCCAUUGGUGGUAUCUACUCUGUCUUGAACAAGAAGAGAGGUCAAGUUAUCUCUGAAGAACAAAGACCAGGUACUCCAUUGUUCACUGUCAAGGCUUACUUGCCAGUUAACGAAUCCUUCGGUUUCACCACUGACUUGAGACAAUCCACUGGUGGUCAAGCUUUCCCACAAUUGAUCUUCGACCAUUGGGCCGUUUUGGGUGGUGACGUUACCAACCCUGAAUCUAAGCCUGGUGCCAUUGUUAAGGCUAAGAGAGAAAGACAAGGUUUGAAGCCUGAAGUUCCAGGUUACGAAGAAUACUAUGAUAAAUUGUAA